ACAACUCGGAAUCACGAGGUCCCACAGAAUUAGCAUAGACGAGUGAAUAAAAAGCCCUGUAUGAGUUCAGUCCGCUACUGAUUUCUGAGAGAUUGAAUCGGAAACAUCAUCAUGCCUGAACCAGCGAAGUCCGCGCCGAAGAAAGGCUCCAAGAAGGCCGUCACCAAGACCGCCGCGAAAGGAGGAAAGAAGCGCAGAAAGUCCAGGAAGGAGAGCUACGCCAUCUACGUGUACAAAGUGCUGAAGCAGGUUCAUCCUGACACCGGCAUCUCUUCGAAGGCGAUGGGCAUCAUGAACUCUUUCGUCAACGACAUCUUCGAGCGCAUCGCCGGUGAGUCGUCUCGUCUCGCUCACUACAACAAGCGCUCCACCAUCACUUCCCGAGAGAUCCAGACCGCCGUGCGUCUGCUGCUGCCCGGGGAGCUGGCCAAACACGCCGUGUCCGAGGGCACCAAGGCCGUCACCAAGUACACCAGCUCCAAGUAGAGCAGUCCGACCCCGAGACACACCCCAAAGGCUCUUUUAAGAGCCACCCAUCCACUCACUCGAAGAGCUUCUUAUUUUAAAGUUAAAACCAUAGGUUACGUGAAGAUGUAAAUUUGAGCCGUUUACCGCUACUUUCGAGGGCCAUAUUGUACAGAAAUAUCCACUUGUGUCAUAGCGAGUCUUCUAGUUUUCUUCCAUUCAGACCACAUUACUGGAUUACAUCUACACUUGUCUCUUGGUUUCUAACGCUUAAACCACUUAUUAUAUUACAUUUCGAUUUUAUCAAUGUAUCUAAAUGAUGGGUUAUUUAUUUAUUGCGAUUAUUAUUAAGACCCCAUGCACCAUUUUUAUGGUA